GGUAGACAUGACUCUUUCAUUUGACAAAAUAACAAACUGAGGCAUCGAAAGAAGACCGGCAGGCUCAAGGCCUCCUAGAGCGCGCUGCACGCUGGACUACACACAGGCCUUCGGGGACGCGCACGUGGAAAUCGCCCCCAAGAGCCCGAGCGAGUCAGCCAGGCCGCUCCGCCUCGCCCCGCGGGCAGCACGCUCAGCGGCCACGUGACAAGGCUUGCCCAUCACGUGCAGAGGGCGGGGUCUGGAGGUCCGGACACCGCCCCCGCCACUCUUCCGGCCCUGCAAUAGUAAAGAAGGAGACCGUCAGGGUGGGCGGGUCAGGCCCGCCUCUCCUGCGGGGGCCUCCCAGCGCGGGUUGGGCCCAGCCACCGCCCUCGAAGGGGGACGGGCCAGCCUAGCUUAGCCAAGGUGAAAGGGCUAGGCGCACGUCAAUCAGACGGUCCACCAAUGAGCUCGCGCUCUGGCCGCGGCGCCCGCCCCCGCAUCGGCCUCCCAACGCCCGCGCUGCCUUCCCUCAGGCCGCUGCGGCGGCGCCCGCCCGCGCUCCCAUCCGGGUUAUCGCGCGCUGCUCCCUGGGCGCUGGCGCCGGGCAGCGGUCGGCGCGAGGGCCUCGCUAUUCCCGAGGCGGCGGCGGCUUUCUCCAUGAGCUUGAGUCAAGUUGAGAGCUAAGCCUGGGUGCCCUACUUUGAUGGUGGUGAGGAGUUGAAGCCACUCAUGGAAUCCUCAUACCAGACACCAUAAAGACUCCUUUCCCUGCUCCCUCAAGCUAUUUUUGGAUCUGCUUGGAAGUUACCCUGAUCUUCCUGGAAAUCCUAAUUAUGUAACCACCUGAGAGGAUGUCAGCAAGAGAUGGGCCACGGAGGAAGUGUCAGCAACAUGAAGAUAUAAAUCCGGCCAUAACUAUAUAGACAGUCCACCUGAACUGUUCAGCCAUGUACCUGUAAAUAAAUUCAAUGCAGAAAAAAGAAUAAUUCCCUAGAACAUCUGUUCAACUAGCUUUUGGCCCUUGUAGUCCAUCUGUGUGGGCAGCAAGCUCAGAUGCUCCAGCAUGACUGGCUGAGAAGAUCUGCCUCUGCAACUUGACUCUUCUCUAGGAGGAGUACUCAGGAGAGCAGGAACCUGGGCCCAGGGCUCCUGACAACCAGGGAGGAGGCAUUAAUGGCCUUCCGGGAUGUGGCUGUGGCCUUCACCCAGAAGGAGUGGAAGCUAUUGAGUCCUGCUCAGAGGAACCUGUACAGGGAGGUGAUGCUGGAGAACUACAGCCACCUGGUCUCACUGGGAAUUGCAUUUUCCAAACCAAAACUCAUCAUACAACUGGAGCAAGGGGAUGAGCCCUGGAGAGAGGAGAAUGAAUGUCUUCUGGACCUUUGUCCAGAGCGCAGGACAGAAUUCCAGCCCUGUCUCUCACGCCCGGUGGCCUUUUCUAGUCCACAGUUCCUCAGACAAUCUAUGCUAAGCGGUCAUCCCCCUCACAUCUUCCCAAGCUCACCUGCGGGAAGUGACUUUCAACUUGAAGCUCCAAGCUGCUCGAGUGAGAAAGGAGAAGGUAGAGGGAGAGAAGGCCUCGACAUAUCAUUCAGGAAGACAAGGCCAAGCAGAAUUUCAGGAACAUUUUUCAGCACACAUCAAGGUCACCCAGUAGAUUGGGUGGAAGGCAACAGAGGAGGAGGAACAGACCCUGGCCUGGCCCAGAGGAUGAGCCCUGAGAAGUCAGACAUAAUGUUGAAAGGAGUAGAUGCCUCAGAAUCUGGAGCAGUUAUAUGUGGAAAAUAUAGACUAGGACUUAGGAAAAAGUCGAGCCUGUUCAGCCACCAGAGGCAUCAUGCGUGCCCUGAAUGUGGAAGAGCCUUUUGCCAGAGAUCAGACCUCAUUAAGCACCAGAGGACACACACGGGGGAGAAACCUUACCUGUGCCCAGAGUGUGGGCGCCGGUUUAGCCAGAAGGCCUCCCUCAACAUACACCAUAGGAAGCACUCGGGAGAGAAGCCUUAUGUGUGCAGAGAGUGUGGGCGACACUUCAGGUACACUUCCUCUCUCACGAACCAUAAGAGGAUCCAUUCUGGGGAGAGACCUUUUGUGUGUCAGGAGUGUGGGCGGGGCUUUCGCCAGAAGAUAGCCCUCAUUCUGCACCAGAGGACGCACUUGGAGGAGAAACCCUUUGUGUGUCCCGAGUGUGGGAGAGGCUUUUGCCAGAAGGCAUCGCUCCUCCAACACCGGAGCUCACACACGGGGGAGAAGCCCUUCUUAUGCCUAGAGUGCGGGCGCAGCUUCCGGCAGCAGUCACUACUCCUCAGCCACCAGGUCACACACUCAGGGGAGAAGCCUUAUGUCUGUGCUGAGUGUGGGCACAGCUUUCGCCAGAAGGUCACCCUCAUCAGACACCAGAGGACACACACAGGGGAGAAGCCUUACCUGUGCCCCCAGUGUGGGCGAGGUUUUAGCCAGAAGGUCACCCUCAUCGGACACCAGAGGACACACACAGGGGAGAAGCCUUACCUGUGUCCCGAGUGUGGGCGUGGCUUUGGUCAGAAGGUCACCCUCAUCAGACACCAGAGGACGCACACAGGGGAGAAGCCUUACCUGUGUCCUGAGUGUGGGCGUGCCUUUGGCUUUAAGUCACUCCUCACCAGACACCAGAGGACACACUCAGAGGAGGAGCUUUAUGUAGAGAGGAUGUGUGGGCAAGGACUUGGCCAGAAGUCGCACCCUAUCUCUGACCAGAGGACACAUUCAGGAGCGAAGCCAUGUGUUUGUGAUGAAUGUGGUCGUGGCUUUGGCUUUAAGUCUGCCCUUAUCCGACAUCAGCGGACCCACUCUGGGGAGAAGCCAUAUGUGUGCAGGGAGUGUGGGCGUGGCUUUAGCCAGAAGUCUCACCUCCACAGACACAGGAAGACCAAGUCUGGCCAUCAGCUCCUACCACAAGAGGUAUUCUCCUGACCUCUCCUCUUCUGUCCUUUCCCAUGAAUGUAAAGCUGACAGAAAUCACGAGUAAAUGUUCCACUUUCCUGAAUUGGAAUGGGCAAAAGUUGCUUUCUUUCUUUGAUCAUGAGAUAGUUGACUUAUAGUUUACUUUCUGUGUUAGCAAUGUGUUCAUGAGGGCUGCCAUAACAAAAUACCCCAGGCUGGGUGGCUUUAACAACAGAAGUUUAUUUUCUCAUACUUAUGGAGCCUGGAAGUCCCAGAUUGUGGGGCGCGGUGUUAACGCCAUUGCAAGAUGGCGCCGGCUUCCUGGUUACACCCAUACUACAAGACUGAUAAACAGGGUGAACCGCGCAGGUGUAGGGGCUUUUCCUGUCUCAUUAAGUAUGCAUAUG